GCGCGGAGUCGGCGGGCGCGUCUCCCGGGGGGCAGCGGCCAGCGCGCAGCGCGCGAGGAGCGAGCGGAGGGGGCAAGUGACCGGUUUAUUGACUGCAUCAGUGAGGCCGCUACACUUGCUGUGAUUUCCACUGUCGUCUGUAGCUCCUCCUGGAUGCUUUACCUUCCCGAGGGCGUUGUCUAUGGCAGUGAUGGCUUUGAUUCUCGCUUUCCAAUCCUGACACCCUUUCUUCUCUUUUAAUUCAUCGGUUAAGGCUUCCAGUGCAAUGUCGGACAGAAGUGGUGAAGCUGGGCAUCCUGUGUGGUUUCUGAUUUCAGAAAGCAGCCCAGCUGAGGGCCUGAAGCUGGUGUACAGACACAGCCCGUGCAACGGCGUGGUGCUGGUCCAGCACGAGGGGGAGUGGGGCUGCGUGUGCAACCAGGAGUGGACGCUGGCAGAGGCAUCCGUGGUCUGCAGGCAGCUGGGCUGCGGCCCAGUGGUGGGCGCCCUGAAGUACGUCCCGCGGCCUGGAGAGAUGGCCCAGCCCUGGCUCUACAACGUCUCCUGCAGCGGCAAUGGCACUUUUCGGGAAAUUCGUCUGGUGAAGGGCCGCAGUCCCUGUGCGGGCCUCCCCGAGAUCAGGAACGUGAACGGGGUGGACUGGCUCUGCGGGCUGCACAUGGAGGAGGCCACGGUGUUCUGCCAGGAGCUGGGGUGCGGGCCCGCCCUCCAGGCCUCCCGCGAAGGUCAUGGCAUUGCCCACAAGUUCCUGGCCUGCAGGGGCACCGAGCCAACCAUCCGCAACUGCAGGCUCAACAACAACUUCUGCAGCCACUGCGACCGCCAGCUGGACACAGAGGUCCUCUGAGGGACCCCUGGGCAGCCCCAGGGCAGGACACUGCCCGGGAGAGCAGGAGAGCAGGGCGGGCUGCAGCCGGGGGCCACCCUCUCUGCCUCCCUGGCGUCCCCUCUGUACAGCCUGAGGGGUGGGGAGCCAGAGGGUAAGGUCCUCAUGGACACUGGGCAGCUCGUUUUCCUAUGGGAAACCGAGAGGAGGCCUGGGAAGGCGAGGGAGAACCAGGGGGAGGAGGACUCUUCUUGGGAAGAUCUGAUGGUCUGGGGCCUGCGACAUUGAGGUGUGGGGCAGAGGAAGGGCUCCAGGUCAGGCUCACCCCACAGAUGCCCGCCCUGGGCCGGAGGGUGCAGGGGAGCCGGGGUCUGUGGGCAGCCUGCGCCUGUGUGGGGUGGCGAGUUGCUCCCCCAGCCCCACGUCAGGUGAGAGAUGUGCUGUCCCUCGGAGCUGCAGAGUGAACUGUGGUUGAGCACAGGCUGAAACAAAUGGCUGGACAGCCCACUGCCCUCUGUACCCCAGGGUGGGCAGCAUGCUGUGACCUCACCUCUGAGAAUGCAGAGGGCUUCAGUGCCCCACCUUGGGUGGGCAGAGGUCAUGACACAGCUGGGCACCUGCAGCAGGUGACCCUGACCCUGACCUUGGGAAGGGGACCAGGAAUACCAGCUCUGCUCUAGGUGCAGCUCAGGUGGGCCUCAGGCCACCACCAUGUGUCCCCCACUCUGCAACCUGCUGCCUGGAUGUGGCGAGCAUGGUUUUGAUGUUCAGGAGCCACGGGUCAUGGCUAAGGCACUCACCUGGGAACACCUGUCUCCUGCCUAGGCAGAUGUCCAGGUAGAUGGGAUUGGUUGGAGCUGGUGGCCCCCUAGCAAGAGGGCCCUGGGGUUAAAGGGUGGCCCAGGCCCCCAGAGGGCACAGGGCUGAGGCUGGGGCUGUCCUCUUCUACCCUGGAGGGUGGGGUUGAGGUGACCCGUGUCUCCUGGGGUUGAGGGGGACCCAGGGCGGGGGUGGGGAGCUCACUGCCCUCCAAUGAGUAUUUGCUGUUGAAUCUCAGGCACCUGGCCUGGGUGGGAGCCAGGACCCAAGCGAGAUGCCGAGGAGAUGGGAGGGUCCUCCCAGCCUGCAGACCCCCAGGUGCCUGGCUCUGGGACCUCCGGGCUGGGCCAGGCCAGGUAGCACCUUGUCAUCUGCAGCCUGUGUCCCCGAGGGACUCGAGGGCAGGGCUGGGGUCAGGCUGUUUCACCCAGAGCCCUGCACAGAGCCUGCCCUGGCCAGGGGGGCCCGAGAUGUCUGCCCCUGGGGCCACUCAGCGCAGCCUUCUCUGCCCCAGAGCACACGGAGGCCCGGCUGGUGGGCGGAGAGCACCCCUGCGCAGGGCGCCUGGAGGUGAGGCGUGGGCUGACCUGGGACACCGUCUGUGAUGCCGACCUGGACCUGGCCAUGGCCCACGUCGUCUGCCGGGAGCUGCAGUGCG